UGUUAAUGUGUAACCAGUAUUCUAAAUAAUCUAAAUGCUAUGUGCCAGUGUAGCGUGACGCGUUUGUGUUCUUUUCAUUUUUCAGUUGUUUUAAUUAAAUGUUAACAUUUCAGUGUUCUAUUAUUAUCUAGCAUAUUAUGAUGCUUGACGAUCACGAUUUUGUUACAAUUAACAGUCGACAAAAUCAAUAGAAUCGUGGUUUUGAUUAUUACAUUAACUUGUGGAUAUUAUAAUUUCUAAUUUGUUUAUCCAAUGCAUUGGUUUUAAUUCUUACAUUAUUUGUUGUGAAUAAUAAUUUAUAAAUAUGUUAGUUAUACAGAGUAUUCUGUUGUGUUAUUGCAAUGACUCAUUGGGAUAUUUGAAGUCUAUUAUUAACCGUUAUUUAUACGAUGGCGAAAAAAUAUCCGAUUCUAAGGGUGACAAAAUAAUAGAAAUUAUCAGUCAACAAUCAUGUGCAUGUACAUUGAAUGGAUAUAGUUUGAAAUUUUGGCCACCAUUGUAUAUGCAAAGAUACAUGGCUAUACAAGAAAUAAUUCAACAUCCUAUUUGGAAUGGUUCAAUAAAAAAAAUUGUUGAUUUUGGUUGUGCUGAAAUUGGUUUAUUUAGAUGUAUUAAACCAAUUCCAGGGCUCAACAACAUCAUGGUUGUCGAUGUGGAUUUUGAUACAUUGGAUAAAAAUCAAUGUAAAGUGUUGCCAACUACCUAUGAUUAUUUAUCAAAGCAUUUACGUAAAGAGCCGUUGACAGUAGACAUUUAUAAUGGGAGUAUAGCUGACCAAGAUGAUAGGAUGUUAGGAAUUGAUGCAGUUAUAUGUAUAGAAUUAAUUGAACAUUUAUAUUUGGAUGUUCUGGAUGCAUUACCCUAUACUGUGUUUGAAUUCAUUAAACCAAAAUUAGCUAUAUUCACGACACCUAAUGUGGAAUUCAAUAUUCUAUUUCCAAAUUUUACAACACAGUUUAGAAAUGAUGACCACAAGUUUGAAUGGACUAGAAAACAAUUCAAGGAAUGGGCUAAAAAAAUAACUAACCGUUAUUCAGAGUAUGCUGUGCAAUUUGAUGGUAUUGGAGCUGGUCCUUCUGGUACAGAAAAUAUUGGUUGUUGUAGUCAAAUAGCUAUUUUUUAUAGGAAAGAUAUGACAACAUCACCAGUUAAACCUAUUGGUUCUACUCCUUACAAAUUGUUGAGACGUGUUGACUAUCCAUUUGAACUUGAUGAUGAAAAUUCUUGGACACGUUCUAUAUAUGAAAAGAUAAGAAAAUUUAUUUCAGAAGCUUCAUGCAUUAACAAAUAUAUAGUUGGUGAAUAUAUGGAAAUACCAUUAAAUGAUAUUAUGCCAUUUGUUUCGGAUUGCUGUUCAUCUAUUGAUAAAUUAGAAGAUAUUGUCAACAAAGUCUACCUUACCACAAAAAAUGAUCAUGGAGAAUGGUUUAUGAUAAAAGAAAAGCCAGAAUUCAGUUCUGAUGAAUAUGAAUCAGAUUCAGAUUCUUCUUCAAAUAAUAGUGGACAAGAGUACAGUUUAUUGGAAAAUACAGCAAAUGUUGACAAUGAUGAUGAAGAUUGGAAUGCUAUCAUAAAUUCUGAAAAAACAAAACUUUGUUUUUCUACUCCAAUGACUAAAAAUUUAGAAUUAAAAUCUGACAUACAAGUGGAUAGUUUCAGCACAGUACUUUCAAAUUCGGAUUUAUAUAAAACAGCAGUUGAUUAUAUUAAGAAUGAAGAUAUGGAAAUCUCUUCUAGUUGCAAUGGAAGCAUUAUUGUUGAAGACUGUACAGUUUAUCAGGACUUCAAAACAGGUCGAAAUAAUUCUGUAAUCAAUGAAGAAGAUAUUGAUGAAACAGAAAAUACAUUAACAUACAGUUCAAAAAGUCAUGAAUCGUUCAAUGAUGGUGAUAAAUUCAACGAUAACAUAGUUAAUGAUAACACUUUUGUUCAAAAUAAUAGUAAUAUAUCUUUAAAAGAAAAUUGUAGUUCUAAUACUACUCUUAAACUUAAUCCUGAUAAUCCUGAUGAAAUAUGUAUCCCUGUUAAUGAUAAAGAAAAUGAAAUUGAUUAUCAACUAACAGUAUGUUUGAACAGAACAUUGUUAGAUGAAAACGGUUAUACAGAAAAUUUGUUAACUUCAGAUAAAGAAUUGUCAAAAAAAUGAAAAUGUACAAUUCAAAAAUUAAAUCAUAAUUCAUGGCACAACAAUGUCUUAAUUCAAAUGCUACAACACUAAAUAGUUGCCACAGCAUGGUUUAUUUAUCAAUGAAUAAAUGUGUUGUACAGUUUUUUUUUUAAUUUUAAAUUAUCUAAUUUUUAGUUUUAUUUGUAAACAACUUAAAAUGCAACCUCAAGACUGUUUUUUAAUUAAAUAACUAUGAAAUUUUAAAUAAGUGAUGGGUAAUAAUAUUUGUUCCUAUAUUUUCA